GACCAUUCUCAAGUCUUGAGUAACGAGGGAAAGAGGCUUUUGGAAACAAUCAGCCCCCCACCAGCUCCGAGCGAGCAUUCGUUACUGAUGGGAGUAGUGAACGCUAUAGUAACCCACGGCAGAAACGAUGCUGUAGAUAUUUGCCACAGUCGAUUGCUCUUAAAUCUACACACAUAGGCUUGACGCGUUCGGUCCACAGAAUGCCCGUUUAUCUACAGACGUGGGUGGAGUGGUCGGUGUGUGUAUUUGUCUGAUUGAAGCAUUAGAGUUGAGUAACUUUUGAGAAUGCGCGUCUGUUUACGUUGAGCUGAGGAAUGGGCGCACUUAUGAAGUGAAUGUCAAUGGAGAAUGUUCACGGUCCUUGUUGGCGUCGAGGAAUGGAUGCAUUCCUGCUCUACCUUCUUCUGCUGUUGGGAAAUGCGAAGGGAUCAAAUUAUGGCUACGUGGAAUGGUCUGAGAGCGAUAAAGAUCCUGAAAUCAAGGCUAAAUAUCCGAUUUACAGCACCGGGGAGACGAUGCACCAGCAGACGACCAUCUCCAACCCCUUUAGCACCGAGCGAGCGGCGGUGGCGCACAAGCUCGAGGAGGAUCUGCCGCGGGUGGUCACCGCUUUCCUGCACACGGGGGACUCAUCCACCCUGGAGCAUGUCAGUUGUUCACGGCGGUAUGAGCUGAGCAGUCUCCGCGGUGGAGCUCACGCCGCCUCGCACUCCUCCCUCCACGGCAUCCUCGACACCAUGGCGCACGCCACCAACUUCCUAAACAUGCUCCUGCAGUCCAACACAUCCAGGGAGCAGUAUCUGAGGAGGGAUAUCCAGUGGUACCACGCGCUGGUGACGAGUAUGUUGGAAGGGAAUCCUAAAAUCCACCGGGCAGUGGUCACAUUUCACACGGAUUCUCCAGAGGCGCCUGGUCCGCAGGUGUUCCUCCAGGCGACCAGAGGCCAGGAGCGCAUAGUGAUUCAAGAUCUGUCCACAUCCGCGCGCCAUCGCCUUAAAAACAGGACGUCUGAGUCCGACUGGUACAACGAGUUUCGGGACCGAAAGAGACCCCAGCGGUUGGCCAAAGGUCGAGGCUUUCCAGCAGCCCAGGGCGGAUAUUUUCUGGACAGUCAUGUCAAGUGGUCUGCGCCCUAUCUAGAGUGCAAGCACGGCAGUUUUGUGCCGCACUGGCUCUUAACUCUCUCCGCAGGUUUCUAUGGCUUGAAGAAUAACACGGCGCCAGAGUUUAGAGGAGUUGUACGUGUAGAUGUUAAUCUACAGGAUGUGGACAUUGACCAGUGCUCCAGCAGUGGCUGGUUUGCAGGAACUCACCGCUGUAACUUGACAACUAUGGAGUGUGAACCAAUUGUGGGCCAUGGAUUUGUGCUGGACAAGUACAAGUGCCAAUGCAAGAGUGGUUUCUACCACCCAAGCCGAGUGGUGCUCAAUGGCUUCUCAAAAUCAGACCGGGAAACAUACUCUGAUGAAUCCUGGGAAUUGUCCGGGAGGUGUUUGCCCUGCCGAGAAGGCUGUCAGUUCUGCAGGGAUGACACACCGUGUCUGGCUCAGGAGGACACUGCCCUCCGUCUUGCCAUGGUCUCCAUUCAGGGGAUCUGUAUGCUCCUGGACGUCAUCAGCAUGGUGGUUGUCUACCACUUUCGUCGCAACAAGAGGAUCAAAGCAUCUGGUCUUAUACUUAUUGAAGCGAUACUUUCAGGAUCUGUUCUUCUCUACUUCCCUGUUAUGAUACAUUAUUUUAAUCCAAGUGUUAUCCGGUGUAUUCUCCUGAGAUGGGCCCGUUUGCUCGGCUUUGCCAUCGUUUAUGGAACAGUGAUUCUCAAAUUGUACAGGGUUUUAAAAGUGUUCCUGUCACGCACUGCCCAGCGGAUCCCUUAUAUGACCAGCUGGAGGGUUCUGCGUCUGCUUGCUGUGAUUUUGCUGGUGGUUGUGUGGUUCCUAGUGGCCUGGACCUCAGCCGUAUGCCAGAACCACGACACCCAUCACGCCCUCAUUGACAUCGGUGUCACCCCAGAGGGCCUGCAGUUCAGCAUGUGUCUAUUGGACAGCUGGGACUACAUGAUGGCUGCUGCGGAGUUCCUGUUCCUGUUGUGGGGCAUCUAUUUGUGCUAUGCUGUAAGGAACGUCCCGUCCGCUUUCCACGAGCCUCGCUACUUGGCAGUCGCCAUUUAUAAUGAACUCCUCAUCUCUGCAAUAUUUCACAUCAUUAGGUUCUCUCUUGGCACUGGGCUGCAUCCAGACUGGAUGCUAAUAUUAUUUUUCGUCCAUACGCACCUGACAGUGACAGUUACUCUGGGAUUACUUCUCAUUCCAAAGUUCUUGUUCACUGGAACUCAUACCCGGGAGGAUAUAGCCACAGAGGCGUAUGAAGAAGAGCUGGAUAUGGGUCACUCAGGCUCCUGCCUGAACAGCAGCAUAACAUCAGCCUGGAGUGAGCAUAGUCUGGACCCUGAAGACAUUAGGGAGGAGCUCAAGAAACUCUAUUCCCAACUGGAGAUCUAUAAAAGAAAGAAGAUGCUGGCUAAUAACCCUCACUUACAGAAAAAACGCAGUUCCAAGAGGGGACUUGGACGGACACUUAUGCGCCGUAUCACAGAAAUACCUGAGACGGUGAGUCGCCAGUACAGCCGAGAAGAUCGAGAUGGAAGUGACCAUGGGAGUAACAGAAGCACCCUGAGGAGAAACCCCUUUGACCCGUCUCACUCUGGGAAGUCAAGGGAAGAAUCGCUGAAGAGCAAGAUGUUCUCACUGAAGAGAUCUCAUAGCUAUGACCAUACACAUGACCAAGGUGGGGAAACCAAUGGGGUGCCUGAAGAUAAAAUGGAGAACUCUACUACUGAGGCUUCUCUGCUUGACACCUUGAUGGGCCGGAGGUCCAACAAGAAGAACCAUGAGGUGCCAAAGGUUGAGUUAGCGGAAUCUACUGAGUCAGUGCCCUUAGUGUGCAAGUCCGCCAGUGCACAUAAUUUAGCACCAGAAAAAAAGUCUGCACAUCUUCGGACCUCUAUGUUACAGAAGUCACUGUCUGUCAUUACUAGUGCCAAAGAAAGGACACUGGGCAUUGCGGGAAAGACUCACAGUGUGGAAGAUGCCAGUAAAAAGGGUCUUAAAGCAAGGGAUAGCACAGCGCUUUCAGAAGUCAAUGAAUCCCCUGAGUGUUUUCCAAAAAUGAUCAUCAGCCAGUCGGUUGAGUACACCAAAACGCCUAGUAAGAUGGGCAUCAUGAAGCAGCAGGUGAGCGGCAGUCAGCCCUCCAUUUGUUCUGAACCAGGGAAGAGCAAGGACCUGUACGACCUCUCUGAGGUGUGCCCUUGGGAAAUGGAGGAGUUACCCACUCCAUCGGAGGGGAGGGCCCAAAAGCAUGUUUCCAUUGCCCCCUCUGAAACCACCACGAUCCAUGGGAGCAGUGCAAAAACUGGACACAAGUCUCAACACAAACAAAAAGGUUUGGGCCAAUCUCCGUCAAAUCGCCGUCGCUCCAGAGAUAAGACUGGGGACAGGGAUGAAGGGAGGAAACCUAAAUCUCCUCUCAACCUCACUGCCCACAAAGACGCUAGUCCAUGGAACUUCGAAGAUCCAUCUGUCCAACAAAUGGAGCCUGUAGGACUGUCCCCUGAGAGAACAAGACGCAAGAAAAGUGUCACACCCACAGAUGGAAAGCCCAGGAUGGUCCUCUCAGAUAUCUCAAAGUCCACAGGAAGCCUUUUGCAGCCUCCAGCUCUCAUGGUGGAUAUCUGCCCUUGGGAUUAUGAUCCCCCUCUGUCCCCCAACAAGGACAAGACUUCCAGCCCCACACACCAUUCAAAGAGAAGAGAUUCUUGCUCGAAAAGAAAAGGAUCCUGCUCUUCCAAAGAGAAAGCUAAGGAUAAAGAGGAUGAUAAACGAAGGUCCAAGAGCAAGGAGCGGAGAAGCUCCUCAAGCAAACCCUCUGAGAAACGACGCACAAGCCAAUCAUCCGAGGGAGACCAAGCUGCCAUGGUGGCAUCUGGCAGGAAAAGGAGCUCUACUAGAGAGACCGCCAUCAGCAGCAGUAAACGUCCUGACGUUUGCCCCUGGGAGACAGAGCCAUUGCCAAGUGUUAACUCAAAUGAUAAACACACACCAACAACUGAGAACCACACAACACAAACACCGUCCUCUUACCUCAACAUGGCUGAAGUUUGUCCAUGGGACUUUGAUGAGAAGUUGUCAGGAAAGAGUGCCUAACACAAUACUCACUAAACUAGAUCACUCCAGUAGGAUUUCUGAGAUGGCAGAUUCCAUAUUUGAAAGGCCUGUUCACACCAAGAAAGUUAACUGUAACAAUAAUUGGCUUCCACACCAACACCUAAUGAUAACAUUCUGUGUACUAUGAGCGAGUGCUGCAAUUAUGUCAUCUGAU